AUGUGGACCCUGGUCUUUGCCGAAGGUGGCAGCUUCCUCCCUUCGCUCUACGCCGAGCUGGGACAUCGCAUCGAGUCGCAGUCGCCGUGGUCACAUCGUGCCGACGAUGCGACUGAUGUACGGGAGCUGGUCUUUGAUCAGGUGGUCAAGACGCCGAUGGGUGUCAAAGAGGCACACCUGGUGGAGGAGCAGGUUGCAGUGGUCCGUUCCGUAGAUGGCGGCGCCGGCCCGGUGCGCUUUGUGGUGGCGACUGAGACAGCAUCAACAGGCGUGCCGUACGCAGACUACUUCCUCGUCCUCAAUCGCUACUGCUGCUGGGCGGAUCCGGCUGCGCCCGACUCGGCCUGCUUUCUUUUCAUCUCCUCAGAGUUCAAGUGGAUCAAGUCGACCAUGCUCAAGCGGGUCAUCGCCAAAGCCUCGCUCGCCCGCACCGCAGAGUAUUACGGGGCCUGGCUGGCGCAUCUACAAAAGAUGGUGGCCACGGCGGCGCAGCCACGCCAAAGCAUGGCGACGUCGGCGACGCCGGUCGCGGUCGCGGUCGCGGCGGCGUCGGUCGCGGUCUCGGUCUCGGUCUCGGUCGCGAUCGCGAUCGCCGCAGCGUCUGGCCUCGCCCCGAGCCCGGCUUCAGGCUGCAGCUGA